GCUACUAAUCCCUUCAUUUUCUAAACUAAUAAUAUCUACAUUACUAAGCUUACCUUAUUCCUCAAAAACUUGUAAACUUAAAAUACCAUAUCAUAUAAAGAUUUUGAACAAUCUUUGAUUAGCUUCUAUUAAUCAUAAUUUAUCUCAAAGUAACCAACUUUGUUAGUUAAUUGAAGCUACGUAAUAAUAAUGGCAGUCACUCAACAGCCUAUUCUUUCUAGGCUUGACCGUCUUGAUAAUUUGAUGAGGCAUUUAGAGAACCUAAGAGGGUCAAACCGAUCUCUAAAGAGUUCAUCACCAUCCACACCAUCAAGUGGCACUCGUACAAGCGAUGUCGAAUUCUUUUCGCCUAGGAGCCUUGACAAGUUACAUUGCCGUCCCAUUGACGAUGUUAUUGUCGAAACCGAGCACAAAGGUACCCUCCUUGAUAGGGUUUCCCUCAUCGAACACCGCCUUCUCAAGUUAUGCAUGCAGCUUGAAGAAGAAAUGGAGAGCGAAAAGCAAGAGAAAGAUCGAGAGGAGAAGUCGUCUUCACAUAGUCAUAAGAAAAUCGGGUUAAAGCAAUUUGUGAAAUCUUGUGUUAAAGGAAGCAAGAACAAGUCAAAUAAUAAAUAAGUACUACUAUUAAUCUCGUUUUACUAGGGAUGUUAGUACGUAAUUAUUACUUGUAUUUAUUAGAGCAACCAAAGACCAGGGUCUUAGUUUUUCUGUUGUUUUUUUAAUUUCUGUUUGUAAUGUUUGGAUCUUCUCAACCUUCCUUUUUACUGUAAUAUAUUAUUUGUUGAAAGGAAUCUUUUGAAGCUUCUUCAA